UCCGGAGCCGGGCGCUCACCUGGAGGGGGGUCCCCGCUGGCCGCCGCGCCCGGGGCGUGGGAACCGACUCCUCGUCCCCUCCGCCUGUCCCGGCGACGGCUCACCUCCGCUGCCCGACAGAUCCUGAGACUUUGAGCCCAUUCAUGCCCAUUUUACAGAAGAAAUGGCAUUUGGGCCGGCACCCCAAAGGAGGAGAAAGAGCCACUUUUGGUUAAGAUCUGGAGGCAGAGAGAGCUCAGAGGGAACACCUGAGAGCAGAACGCGGUUGGCAUUAAGUAGGAACUGCCCAAAGGACAGCGUGGCUGGUGCAAGGUUAUUCUGGGGUGUGGGUGGUAGCAGCUGCCAUCAGAGGACCCGACCAGAGACAGCUUAAGAAGACGUUUGGAUUCUAGGCCUAUGACAUCCUGUCAUGAACAGUUACACAAGGAACUGGAGCAGUAGGGCACAUCUGGGCAGUGCUCUGUUCACACCUGGGCUGCAACCGCUCUCAUCGUGGCCUCGCAGGUGCUUAAAAGAACAUGUAAUAGAAUUUUUCAUCAAACAAAUGGAACAUACCGCAGAACUUUGCUAAGAUGGACAAUUCGACACAUGAAGCCCAACACCUUGGCAAAAAAAAAUCCAGCCAUGCCAACAAAUUACAGAGAGGUUUUACUGCCGCAUAUCCAACACAAUCCUCCAUUCCUUUUAAAAGCCAGACUUCAACAAUUCUAGAAUCAGAAAAAAAGGGAUUCAACAGUCAAGCCAAGAGAUUUUAUUAUAAAAAGGAUGGUAUUCCAGGUCCCGGGUUCUAUGACGUCAUUCACCAAUCUCCAGUGUUCAACAAUGUCUCAUUGUCUAAGAAAGGGACAUGCACUUUUCCCUCUAUGUGUGCCCGACUGGACACCAUCAUUUCUAAAUCCCCUGCAGCGAACACAUACACUAUCCCAUCACGUUUUGUCUCGAAGAAAGACUUCAGUAAUUCCUGUUCCAGCAUGUUCCAGUUGCCAAGCUUUGCAAAAGUCCUCAAAUUUGAAACUCCUGCACCAAACCAUUACAAUGCCUCUGUCUCUUGCUGCAAGCAGAGAAACAACGUCUCUGCCCGAGCCGGGUUUGUGUCCAAAACCCAGAGAGGAUUUUUCACUAUCCCUGAAACAGGACCUGCCCCAGGGCAUUACAAUAUCAGUGAAUCCCUUGUGAAGCAGUCGCCAAAGGUAUUAAUGUCUUGUUUUAAAUCAAAAACUGAACGUGGAUCACAACUGACAUCAACAGGCCCAGGACCUGGUUAUUACAACCCCAAUGAUCACACCAAAAUUCUGAAAAAGACUCUUAUCCUGAAAAACCCCAUCCUGACCUUCUCUGCGCAGCCUCUGCCCCUGCCCCCGAAGCCGCCGCUCCCAGGCCCUGGUCAGUACGAGAUCGUGGACUACGAGGGGCCGCCCAGGCACUUCAUCUCCAGUGCGUCCUUCGUGUCCAACACCGGCCGGUGGACAGCAGCCCCGUCCCAGGCAGGCCUGCCGGGCCCAGCCACCUACAGGCCAGAAUUCCCCGGAAAGCAGUCCUUUCUCUACAAUGAGGACAAAAAAUGGAUCCCAGUGUUGUAGGGACCUCACACAAGCUCAAGGAGAGCCCUGGCCACCAUCCGCCCUACCCAGGCUUCCCAGGACGUUCAUUCAGAGAUGCCCAUUUCGUACGUGACAGAUGGCUCCCCCGGGCUGCUCUGCCCCCUGCCCCUGCCCCCAGCUGGUGUAGAGCUGGGCUCCUGCAUUUGUCCUUGUCUUGAGCUGCCUCCUAGAGACUGGAUCUCCAUUUCUACUGCUUCCAGCAGUUUCCUGAGCAGAACUGAGAAGCCAACAGAGCCUCCCUUGGUUACCUCACCACGCACCUGUCCCUGCUGGCUUCCACAGGCCUCCCCACAGAUGUGAGGAGCUUCUGAAGCUCAGACUCCACGGAGAAGUUGGCCAAUGGCAGAUCCCCCAUCUAGAAGCCUGAUACUGAGCCAUGGGGUCCAGAAAGCACCUGCAGGAUGGACCACAUGGGCCUGCAGCCCAAGCAUGUUCUGGUCCUUCGGCCUUGACUUCCAGACUUCCCCUGGAGUUCAGGAGCUGGGAAGGCCCAGAAGUGCCUGUGACAGACACGAAGGGGCCGCCUGGGCCCUGGCUCCCAGCUAAGCCUUCAUAUCUCACAUUCGGGAAGAGCAUGGCAGGCAGUUACCGUGGUCACGUGUGUUCAUUUCCCACCUUCGAGAGAGGCCACCACGUCCGUUCUGUGGCUCGGUAUUCCACAGCACAGGUGGGCAGGAGCCUGCUGGAGCCCGGGCCCUGGAUCAGUGAUUCUGAGGGGCAGGGAGGCCACGCACUGCUUGGCACUUGCAGGUUCUUUCUUUCACGGGGACGCCCCUGUCCCCAGGCCUGGCCUCUGUCUCCUCCCAGACCUCCUGCUCCGGUGUGACACAGUCUUUAGUGGAUCUUUUCUGGCCUGCCAAAUCAGUUUCCUCCUGGCAAGAGGAAGAGAUUCACAAAGAACCAGGGGGGAGAAGGGCCUUCCCAUCAGAAGGGCCGCUGGCUGGCCUUCCCUUUGGGGACGGGUGGGUGAGGAAGAGGGAGAGAGAAGAAUAGAAUAUCAUAUCCAAUUAAACAAUUCUUGCAAAAAAAAAAAACAAAAACAAAAACAAUUCUUGCAUUGUGAAAAAGCUGGCCUUUUAGUGACCCUCAGAUCCCUGGGAGUACCUGCUGCUGGGGGUGAGUGGGAGGCAGCCCAGAGCACCUGGUGAGAGCGAUGCAAGGCUGAACCUUGAGGCAGGACACUGUGUGCUCCCAUCCUGUUAGGUCAGCAGCUUCUCUUCGAAGGAAAAGAGUCAGAUUCAAAUUCCAGGCCCCAAGGGCAACUCUUCCAGGAGCUGGGUAGGGAGGUCAGGCAGGGGUGGGGUGUGGGAGCUGCAGCUGCUCGGCUAACGGGCAUCCAACAAGCUGCAGCCAGCUGUCGCCAGAUCUGCAGAGUUUGAGCAGAAUCCUGGAAGUCCUUAAAAUGUGCAAUCUAUUGGUUUGAGAUGUUGACAACCAUCUUGCAACUUGAAAUCUUUCAUUGGGGCUAAUGGAAACUUGUGCAGGCCAUCCAUUGUCCAGUUGGGUACAUUCUGGAAGACCCUUUCUAGGUUGGCACUUGAAGCUGUACCUUUCUUUGACCCCAGACUCUUGACAAUGGGGCCAGACCCCAACGCCUUGGUUUCUCUGUCCCUCUGGCCCUGGGGGACCUUUAGGGGACCAUUGGGCUAGAAGCUGCCAUCCCUGGAGUGUCUGUGGGCAGAGGCUGAGAAAUGUAUCGGAAAACAAGACAGGCCUCUCCUCCCCUCGGGUAGCUGGGCUGAGCACCAGCAGGUAAAGAUCAUCUCUCUCUAGAGGAGCCCCCCCUCAGCUGCAGUCAAGAAAGAGGGGGGGCUCUGGGACAAGAAUGGCAGGGUUGCCCGUGGCCAGUCUGAAUCCACGUUCUGUCAAAGACAUGACUAGAGCUGAGGCCCUGAGCUCAGAGGGUCUAUCUUGACCACGUCUAGCCUCUCUUGAGGUGUCAUGAGCUGCUUACAGCUCUGUCUAACCCCAGCCGUAUAUAGGGAUCACCUUGGGGGCUGUUAUAGAGAUAGCCUGCCCAGGCCCCAAACCUCAGAGUCCUGAUUUAAUUGACGUGAGGUAGGGUCUGGGCAUUAGUUCUCAGCUAUAAGGUGUCUAGUUAGGGUUAGGGCACCCUGAUAGUUUAAUAAAGUAUUUGUCAAAUUCUAAUGUGCAUGCAAAUCACUUAGAUUUCUGGUUAUAGAAGGUAGAUCCUAUAGGUCUGGGGUGAGGCCUGAGGAUCUGCAUUUAAUUUUCUUUUCUUAAAAAAUUGAGAUAUAAUUGACAUAUAACAGUGUAUUAGUUUUAGGUGUAAGCAUUUCUAACAAGCUCCCAGGCGAUCCCGAUGCUGCUGGUCCACGGACCACACUUAGGGUAGCGAG